AUGAAGAUAAUCAUAUUGAUAUCCUUCAUUUUCUUACCUAUUAUACUAAACCAAGAUAUAAACGACCAAUCAAACAUUUUCCAUAGUAAUGAUUCCAGGUCUACAACAACAAACAACAGUUGGAGAGUACGCAAUGGUAACACGAAUGGUGAAAAGAAAAAGGGCUCAGUUGGUGGUGAAUUCGAAUUGUCGUGGUUUUCAGGAAAUUCAAAUCGAAGAUAUGCAUUUAAAGAAGAGGGAGAAGCAAAUGCUAAAGGUAAUUUCAAUAGACAUGGACGAGGGGAAUAUGAUAGUAUGUCAACACGUUCAUCCAGAUUCAAGGUGAAGGGUUCAAUUGACAAGUAUGGAAGACGCACAUUCCAAUAUUCCAAUUUGAGAAGAGGUGGAAAACGAAGGAGUUAUUCGAAAAGAUUUUCCGUUGACAAUUUCGAUAUCAAUGGUGAUGUAUAUUAUAAACGUAAAAGUAUGGGAUUAGGAUCAGACAGUGAAAGUGCUAAGCAUCUCAAAAUAAGACUCAAUUCUGAUAGUGAUUCUGAUAGUAGAAAUUCACUUGAAACUGAAAAUAGUAAAUCGAGAAGUAAACGUAGUGAUUCACAAACGGAAAAUACUACUCAUCGGAAUCGUUCUGUAUCUACAGUUGGUGAACGUGGAGGAUUUUAG